AUGCCAGCCUCUGCUGAUGAAUUGGCUGAUCUGGAGGCCCGGCUCCUAGCCAAGCAGCAAUUACAGUUCGAUGCGCUUCAGAAGCGACUGCUGGGCAGCGUCGCCGCGCCGACGGCAGAGGAGAUCGACCAGCCCUUUGCCGAGUAUGCUCGGAAUUUUUAUGUGACCGCCGCUCUGAUGCUCUGUCUCGUCGCAUCGACGGUCUACCUCGCGUUCAUCACCGCCGGGCUAUACGGUAAUGUGAGCCAAGUCACAAUGCUUGCCUUCAUGCCCUUUGUAUAUACAACGGGCUUUGGCCUCGUCUUCACUACGCUCGACUGCGAGAUAGCAGGGAGGCGGGCUGUGCAGCUAGUUCGUGGAUGUCACAUCGGCAUGAUGCUGGCUGCACCAAUUGUUUUUUGGCGCGCCGGCGAGCACGGUGAUGCUUUAGUAAUGUUCUUCUCGUUCGCAUUAGAUUCCAUUUUAUAUCCCUGGCUCCUCAAAACUAUCUGCGGACUCCUGAGAACGCGGUACGAGGGUUCGUUAACCGCCCAGGCGCAGUUUUACACCAGUCGAGCGCUCAAGAUAGCCGGGUUCCAACUCGUGCUGUCCGUGUCCGCGGCGGCCCAGGGAAUUGAUGGGCUUGAUACUUUUCCUCGGAUUUGGGCAACGUUGACUUUUAGCACUGCGCUCCCACAGGUGUGGAUGUUCCUGAUUGGGGUCUUCGACGCUUGUGGGGUGGACCACCACGCGGCAGCUAAGCUUCGGGUCUCUCCCCUCCAAGCUGCGGCGCUCGCCUCUUGUGGCGCGCUAAUCCUCUCGGGUUUGGCCGGGUACGUGCUGGCUGAGCAAAGGGACCCGAGCGAGAAGGCGGCGAGGCUCGUUAUGUACGUGAUGUUUAUCGCGGUGUACCUUUGCAUGCUUUUCGUCGGGAGGCUCCUUUGUGGCGCCCGUAAAACGAUCUCCGGCGCGUCCCCGAGCGUGAAGCCGAAGCCGGCCGGGGGAUUGGAUGUGUUCGAUAUCCCCGGGGCAUAA